UCUCGCCCCACCCGGGCCAGUGAGGAAGGGCUGUUGUGACUGCGGUACUGCGGAGGGCUCUCGGAGGCCGGGGUUCUCUUCGCAGCGGGGUCCAUGCCCCACCAUGCUUUCCUGUGACAUAUGUGGUGAAACUGUAACCUCAGAACCAGACAUGAAAGCUCACCUAAUUGUUCACAUGGAAAAUGAAAUUAUCUGUCCAUUUUGCAAGUUGUCAGGUAUAAAUUACAACGAAAUGUGUUUUCAUAUUGAAACUGCUCAUUUUGAACAACAUACACCCGAAAAAAACUUUAAGAAUCUAGCUGCAGUGCAAUAUGAAAAUUCAGACUGCAAGAACACCAACCUGCAGAGUCCAGUGGAAGUUUCUUCAGGCGUUCAUUCAGCUUGUGCAUCUAACUUUCCAAGAGAGUCAUCUGAAAGCCUUCCUAAAGAUAGGACUUUAAAACACGAAGCUUUUUAUACAGAGAACAUAACUGAAUCUACAAAGUACCAGAAGAGCAGAGAAAAGCAGUCUGGAUUAUCUGAGGCCCAAGGAUCAAUUUAUGAAACAACAUACAGUCCUCCUGAAUGUCCAUUUUGUGGAAAAAUUGAGGGGUGUAGUCAAGAUAUGGAAAUUCAUGUGAAAACAAAACAUGCCAGUCUUUUAGGAAGUCCAUUAGAAGAUUGUCAUCAACCACUCUAUGACUGUCCCAUGUGUGGACUUGUCUGUACAAAUUACCAUAUUCUCCAAGAACAUGUAGACUUACAUUUAGAAGAAAGCAGCUUUCAACAAGGCAUGGACAGAGUCCAGUGUUGUAGUGAUAGAGAAUUAGCUCACCAGCUUCAGCAAGAAGAAGACAGAAAGAGGAAAUCUGAAGAAUCAAGACAAGAAAGGGAAGAGUUUCAGAAGUUGCAGCGGCAGUAUGGUUUAGAUAAUUCUGGAGGAUACAAACAACAGCAGCUACGACUUAUGGAGCUAGAAGUAAAUAGGGGAAGAAUGCAUCCAUCUGAAUUUCAUAGCAGAAAAGCUGACAUGUUGGAAUCAAUAGCUAUUGGUAUUGAUGAUGGAAAAACAAAAACUUCUGGAGUUAUCGAAGCCCUCCAUAGGUAUUAUCAGAACGUUGCCACAGAUGUAAGGUGUGUGUGGCUCUCUACAGUGGUGGAUCACUUUCACUCAUCUUUUGGGGACAAAGGUUGGGGUUGCGGUUAUAGAAAUUUCCAGAUGCUACUUUCAUCAUUAUUGCAAAAUGAUAUGUAUAGUGACUGCUUGAAAGGUAUGUCAGUUCCUUGUAUUCCAAAAAUUCAGUCCAUGAUUGAAGAUGCAUGGAAUGAAGGUUUUGAUCCUCAGGGGGCCUCUCAACUUAAUAACAAAUUACAGGGAACAAAGUCCUGGAUUGGAGCAUGUGAGAUAUAUACACUUCUGACCUCACUGAAAGUAAAGUGCCGCAUUAUUGAUUUUCACAAGUCAACUGGUCCUUCGGGUACACACCCUCGCUUAUUUGAAUGGAUAUUGAACUAUUAUUCUUCAGAGACAGAAGGGACUCCAAAGGUUGUGUGUACAUCUAAACCUCCUAUCUAUCUCCAGCAUCAGGGUCACAGUCGAACAGUUGUUGGAAUUGAAGAGAGAAAAAACCGAACAUUAUGUUUGCUAAUAUUUGAUCCUGGAUGUCCUUCUCGAGAAAUGCAGAAACUGUUAAAACAAGAUAUGGAGGCUGGUAGUCUCAGGCAACUACGGAAACCUGUGGGCAAUCUAAAACAUAAGCAGUACCAGAUAGUAGCAGUCGAGGGUGUUCUUUCCCUAGAGGAGAAAGUUGCCAGGAAACAAGCUUCUCAAGUGUUUACAGCGGAGAAGAUUCCUUGACCCAAAUAUUUUCGUGAUUUUGUUAUUAUCCUUUUUUUUUUCUGAUAUUGAACUCUGAUACUGUUGAAGAAUUUGAUUUUGCUUAAGUCCUUGGUAUAUUAUUUAAGUUAUAAGUGCCUGUUAAGUUAUACUACUUAGCAUUUCAUUGUCUAGUAAUUAGUUGAAUAAAAUCCCUUGUUUGAAUUGUU